AUGAUGGUUAAUCCUGAAGAGGCCAAUAGUUUGGCAGCAAUGAAGUUUUUACUAACUCUACUAUCAACGAGAAAGAGAAUUGGGUAUCCUCCUCCUAAGCAUCCCUAUACCUUCAUUUCCCUCCCAAAUUCCAUAUCCAUUAAUAGGAUCCCCUGGAUAUUCAUCAUGUUGCACGGCUUGAAAUUCUGGUUUAAUCUAGACACAGGAAAUUUAAACUUUGGUAUCCUUCUUGCCAUGGGUCUAGAAGGUGAGAAGCUCCCCAGGAAAUUGCCAUGUUUGUUCCCACACGAUUCAGUUUCCUCAAUCAUCUAUGUGAUGGAGGAGACCAUUUUACAGCAGUUGCUAGGUUCAAGUACCAUCUCCUCUAGCGGAACCUGUUUAUGA